AUGAGCGGGUGCCGGUUUUUCUGGGUGGUGAAAACCGCGAAGGUGGACAGAGAGGAGAAGGCAGUGGAGAUUGAGGAAUUAUUGGGAGAAGGAUAUGUGAAGAGAGUGGAAGAGAGGGGAUUGGUGGUGAGGCAGUGGGUAGAGCAGGAUGUUGUUCUUGUUCACCGUGCAGUAGCCGGAUUCUUGAGCCACAGUGGGUCGAAUUCGGUGAUGGAGGCGGCCGCGGCUGGGUUGAAGAUGCUCGCAUGGCCAAGAGGAGGAGAUCAUAGAGUCAUUGCGGCGUCGGUGCCAAGAAAUGGGCUGGGAAUAUGGCCGGAGAACUGGGCGUGGGAGGCCGAAGAAAGAGUCGUUGCUGCGGAGGAGAUUGCGGUGAAGGUGAGGGAGUUCAUGGCGGAUGAAAAGUUGGCGGAGACGGCGGCGAAGCUUGGUGCGGCGGCCACUGCG